UAUCUAGCAUGGAAUUCUCAAAAAUGGCUGUCAAAAUGUUGCGUUUUCUGGCUGACCAAGAAUAUUUAGAAGAAUCAAUGUACCAUGUCAUCUAUCAAAGCACAAUCGGGAUCCUGUAAAGGGGAGACAAAAAUUUCAUCCAAAAUGAUGAGGUCCAAGAAAAAAGGAGGUCUUGCAAAUCAGAAUUUGCUCCACGCACUGCUCCCUGGGGCCAAAGUGGACAAAAAGAAAGGAGGGAAAAUAUCCGUGAAUAUGGCAUUCUCUCGUGAGCGAGUGGUUUUCAAUGUCGGAGGUACCAGGUUCGAGACGUAUCGCUCAACAUUACACAGCCAACCAAACAGUCCGUUAGCGGACGAUACAUUUCUUAAACGCUAUUACAACGAGGACCGGAAGGAAUAUUUCUUUGAUCGUGAUCCGGAUGUGUUCAAGGCGAUUCUGAAUUACUUACGGACUGGGGAGCUUCACCUUCCUUCUUUUAUAUGCGGCCCUGCAGCGAGAGAGGAGUUAAUGUUUUGGGGUGUCAGUGACGACAUCAUACAGAAGUGCUGCUGGUCGCACUAUAACAGCUGGAACUCUACACUGGAGGCGCUGAUGCAGCUGGAAAGGGACCGGAAGGGAUCCAUGGACGAGGUGUUGAGUUCAAGGGUCAAACCAACGACCUGCUGGGGUAAAAUGCAGAACCAAGUAUGGUUGGUUCUGAACAAGCCGAACUCCAGUCGGACCGCCAAGAUGUAUGGCUACGUAUCACUGUUGUUCGUUCUCGUAUCCAUAGGCAGUUUUGUGAUCGAGACGCAUCCUGUCUUUGAAAACAAAAUACGAAUACCAAAACCCGGAACCGGAAGUGCUACACAAAAUAUGACGUCAUCAAACUUUACAUCGUCGAAUGCGACGACAGUGAAUUCUUCAUCCCAUCUUAAUAAUGUGGAAUUCAUUUCGGUGAAAGUAACACAUCCAGUUUUCACGGCAAUAGAUAUUUCCUGCCUGAUAUUUUUUACUAUAGAAUACAUAACACGGUUCCUAUUUGCCAGGAGAAAAUUCAAAUUUAUGAAAUCCAUGAUGGGCGUGGUCGAUAUCCUGGCCAUUAUACCGGAUUACAUUCAAAUCCUUGUUUACGCCCUACACCCAGAUAUGCGAUAUGACGUAGACAUUAAUUAUAUCUCCGUUUUACGAGUUGCUCGAGUUUUAAGAAUUUUCAGAUUAAUCCGUCAUGUUCCUGGAUUAUGGAUUCUAAUAUACACCCUAAAGUCAAGCCUUAAGGAACUACUUUUAAUGAUCGUGUUCAUCAUAGUUGGUAUGUUAAUAUUUUCGUCAUUGAUCUAUUUUGUUGACGACAGAGACACUUUCAAAAGCAUUCCGCACAGUUUUUGGUGGAGCCUCAUCACCAUGACAACCGUUGGCUAUGGAGACAUGUAUCCCGUGACGGAGUUAGGAUACAUUGUGGGGUCGUUUACGGCAUUAUCCGGGCUUUUAAUGAUCGGAUUCUCAGUUCCGGUUCUCGUGAAUAACUUCAUCAUGUACUACAAACAUCUGGAAUUCGCGUUGAGUGACGAAGAAGCAAAAGAAAAAGUGGAAAGUGAAGAAAUUGAAAAAGAAACGUCUUUGUACAAUAAUAAUCCCUCUACUAACGGUGAACAAGUCAACCUAUGCAAUGUCCACGAGGAACAGACUUAAAACUCUAGGAUUAAAGACCUUUAGCUACUGGCGAAAAGCAACAAGGACGAUCUGCAUUUAAAAUUGCACGUACCAGUACUUCCUGUUUAGAAGAUUCAUAAAAUCUAGAUAAAGUUAGUGAUAUCCAAAUGACUACACGAUGCAAUUUCGCUUCGAGUCGGAUUUGUGACUUUGAGAUGAAAAAAUAUGUUUGCAUUGUUAAACUGUUAUUUGUAUGAAAUAGUUUUUUUUCUAUUUUAUCGAGCAAUAGAAUUUAUGGAUACUUGACUGAAAUAUGUAUACUUAGGGACGUUUAUAUUCUGUUUGUGAACUUGAUAUGGGUUUUUGAAAGAAUUUUUGAAAAUAAAUGUUCACAUUAGUAUGUAUUUACAUGUGGAUUACAUGCACACAGAAAGCCCUUUUACUGUUCUCAAUCAACAACUCUACCAUGUUUAUUGUUAAAAAGGUAUGUGCAUAUUCUCGAUAGUAAAAAAAAAAAUGAAGUCAACGCUAGAACGGUAUAAAUGUGUAAUGUAAAUAUCAUUGUUAAUAAUUUAUUGGUUAGUACAUUUGUUUGAAUUGUCGAUAUCAGCAAGAAUGUUAAACCUUAUAUUAAGGCGAGUGCUUUGAUUUGAAACUUCAAUUUUAUUUAAUUAGUUUGACAGUGUUGUAAUCAUCAUGUUUGCAUUGUACAUAUAUCACAAUGUAGUAUACAGUUGAACUUCGUUAUCUCGAACACCAAUAUCUCGUUACCAGUUUUUAUGUUUGUUUCUUUAAAACCCCGUCAACCCGAAUCCUUGGAUACCCCGAACUUUAAUCUUGGUCCCGUCGAGUUCGAGAUAACGAGGUUUGUCUGUAUUUGUCUCGAUUUUGAAGAAGCAGUCGUUGUCUUCCACAUUAUAUCAAACGUUAAUCUAACCUUUAAUAUUUGAAUUAUAUAUUUUUGUUAAAAAAAUAAAGAAAGAAAUAGAAUGUUACAUUUAACAUGUUUUAACAAUGUAAAUAUUGUGAUAAGAAUUUCACGAAGUGAUGCAUUUAAAAAAUG